UUUGCGCUGCAGGAACCACCACAAGACAAGACAACUCAAACAAGAAGUUCUAGACAUUUAUACUCUGUGUUCUGCACUAACCAAAUCUGUUCCUUCUGAUAUUAGAAGCUGUCUGUGUGUCAGUAAACAGGCGAAGCACCGAAAAGAAGACAACAGCCAUGAAGAAUCUCGUUCUUUUCUUAUUUCUUUUCGUCGUUGGUCUUUGGGUGACUGAAGGACAACGGGUGAAUAAUGGGUCAGUUGUGACUAAAGGACCGUCAGUGAAUAGUGAAGGGCGGAAUGUGACGUUAGGCGACAAAGACCCGUCGGUAAAUGAUGUUUCAUCGGAGAAUGAAGAGCAAGAAGAGAGUGGAGAAGAAUCAGGCGAUGAAGGAGAGUCUGAGGGUGGAGAGGAAUCAGAGGAGGACGGAGUCCCGGUGGAUGACGAGUCGUCAGAGGACGGUGAAGACGAGUCAGUGGAUGGAGAGGAGUCAGUGAAUGAAGACGAGUCAGAGGGUGAAGACUCAGACAAUGGAGGACUAUGGGUGGACGAUGACGAGUCAGUGGACGGAGACGAGUCAGUGGAUGAAGGCGAGUCAGUGGAUGAAGACUCAAACGAUGGAGGACUAUCAGUAGGUGAUGACGAGUCAGUGAACGAAGACGAGUCAGUGAGCGAAGACGAGUCAGUGGAUGAAGGCGAGUCAGCGGAUGAAGAAUCAAACGAUGGAGGACAAUCAGUGGGUGACGACGAGUCGGCGGAAUUGGAGGAGUCAGCGGAUGAAGCAGAUUCCGAGAGUGAAGAUGAAGCAGCGACUGAGAGUCUCUUACUGAAUAAUGGAACGUCGGUUUCUAGCGAAACGCUUGAUUCUGGAAACUCAACAACCGAAGGAGAAAGCCUUGCUGUGUCCAGUUCUCGGGGAAUAUGUCGAGUGAGAUGUUAUAAAACCGUGACCUACAAAAGGGCCCGAAGAAGCUGGUGCUGGUUUUUGAGACGGUGUACAAAAUACCGUACAGCUUCCAGGAGAAUCCUUACAACCUGUCGCAGAUGCUGCAGAGGAUGGACCGGCACGCCUGGAAGGUGCAGAGCCGUCGGAGGAGCGUGCAGAUGGAAUCGGUGCGGGAAGAAUGGUAGAUGCGUCAGGAGAGGAACCUCUUUUACUUGUUACUGCAGACGGGGCUAUUAUUUCAAUAGAAGAACAUGUGUUUACAGAAACGAGUGCAGAUGGAAGUAUGUGUGCGGAAGAUACGGGAGAUGCAUCAACACCCCAGGAUCCUACAGAUGUUUCUGUCGUCGAGGUUUCCGUUUCAAUGGGAGAACAUGCGUUGCCGUCGGAGGACCGUGCAGAUGGAAUCGGUGCGGGAGAAAUGGUAGAUGCGUCAAGAGAGGAACCUCUUUCACUUGUUACUGCAGACGGGGCUAUUAUUUCAAUAGAAGAACAUGUGUUGAUGUAAACGAGUGUAGAAGGAGUUUUCGAUGCGGUAGAUACGGGAAAUGCGUCAACACAAUAGGGUCCUACAAAUGUUUGUGUAAACCAGGGUUCCGUUUCAAUGGGAGAACAUGUGUUCGUAGAUAAAGCACACAACAACAACAAAACGUGUAUCGGCUAAUUUUAACGAAUUUUAAAAUAUUCCCAGCAGGAAAUAUCUGUCGGUCACAUUCCUAGCAAGACAUCUCCCGCCUGAUUUAUCUCCGUAUGACCUACAUCGCCAGUUAUUACCAGGUUAUCUUCGAUGAAGUUUACAGAGAAGACUAUCCCCUCAUCCAAAUAUCUCAAUUAUAUCUUAGUACUAUAUUAACGUAAUUUAGCUUUCUCUGAUCAUUAUAUUAAUUGAAUAUAUUAAUUAAUA